UUAAAUGGUAUACUUUUAUUUGUAAACAUUUGAUAGGAGCGGAAAUUACACUGAAAUAGUUUACAUUUAUUGUUGGUUCGAGGCGGUUUAACACCUUUAUCCAAGAAGGAAGUGUGGAGGACAUAAUAAGCUGAAAGCUGUUUAUCGGGAGAGGUCAACGAAGAUCAUAGGAGAUGGGCCUGAUUGUAUCAUUUUUCAGUGCAGUUUUUGAGAAAUUAGGCCUAUUCCAAAAAAAUGUUAAAAAGAGCAAGUAUGAAGUGGAUGAUGGAGUAACUAUAUUCGAUACUGGAUUAAGUCCACCGGCAAGAAGAGUUCGGAUAACUUUACUAGAAAAACAGAUACCAUUUAAAAAGGUUGAUAUCAACUUGUUAGCUGGAGAACAGUAUAAUGAAGAGUAUGGUUUUGUUAAUCCAAACAAAAAAGUUCCUGCUGUUGCUUUUAAAAAUUUCAAGGGAAUACCAGAUGGAUUUUAUUUUGAAUCAAAUGUUAUUAGUGAACUAUUAGACACUGUCGGCACUGGUACCAAGUUAUAUCCUACAGAUAAAAAGGAGAGAGCUGAGAUCCGAAUGUGGCAAGAUUACGAACUUGGCAUGGUUGAUGAUUUUGUGCCUGUUGCUUAUUACAAUCUACUAGGUUUUGUCUGUCGAACGAUGCAUGCAGAUUCAGAGGAAUUGAAGGAGAACAUCGACAAAAACACCCCAGAAGCCGCAAAAGAAAGAUUUGCUGCCAUGUAUAAUGGAGUUGGUAAAACAGAAAAAGAUUUAUAUGAGCAUGCUAUAGCUUCUUACCAAAAUUUACUCACGUUUGAACGAGGUUUAAAUGGUAAACAAUAUUUGGUGGGGGAUCGAUUCACUGCAGCUGAUAUUUCUGUGUUUCCAAGAAUUCAUAUGUUUCCUUUGGUGGGAAUGCCCAUUACUCAAGAGCAUUUUCCCAAUGUGUAUGCCUGGAUUCAGCGUAUCUACAGUCGCCCUUCUGUGUCAAGUAGUGAAGAUUUUCCAACAAAAAUAACUCGCUUUGUGAUUACAUCUUUAACUUCAGUUUUUGUUUUGAUUGGUAAUGUGAAGAGCGGCCAGAAACAUCACAAAAGGAUAGAUGGUACUAAAGUCAUUGAUAAAGCUGUGAAUGAAGCUCCAGUUGUCACUGAAUCGAAACUACCACAAGAAGCACUUGAUAAUCCAAACGUUGUCGUAGAUGAUUAUCCAGUCUCAUCAGAUUGCCUUCAGAUAAAACUACUAUUACAAGAGCUGAAUGUAAAAUAUGAAACAAGAAAUUGUCAUAUUUUAAAUCUGAUUGGUCGAGCUGCAGGUUCAGGAGGAAUAUUCACCAUAUACCACAAUAACCAACCAAUCAAAGGUAUGCGAGGUAUAACAGAAUAUAUCUGUAGUCUGGGUACUAAAACAGACUUACUACCAUCUGAACCAUCUGUUAAAUGUAAAAUACAGAGUUGGCAGGCGUGGGAACAAACCAUGUAUAUCCAGGAGUUAUAUCCCUUGAUCGAAGUAGAUAUCUACUCGAAGAUAUUAGUAUAUAGAUAUGAACAGAAAUUAGAUGAGUUGUUAAAUUUGCGAAGCCAGUCAGAAUAUCAGACGAAAUUUACAAGCAUUUUAAAAUGUUUUAUGGCAGGAUUGUCAAAGGACAGUGAUUGUUUGGAGAAACUGAAAGAAGAGUAUGGUCAUUUGAUAGAAGAGCCACAAACAUUGAAGAAACGGAGGGAGGGUUUUUACGAGCUGUUACAUGGUCGAUUACAACACUUAGAUAAUACAUUGAUGCAUCAGGAUUAUUUAGUUGGUAAUGAUGUAACAAUGGCUGAUAUCUGUGUGUUCUCCAGAUUGAUGUUCUUCUCAUAUGUUGGUAUGAAAAUAUCCUCACAGAAAUAUCCAAACCUCUCUACAUGGAUAUUAAAGAUGCAGUCUUACAAACAUGUUGCUGUUUUGUUGGACGAUAUCAACAAACCGAUAACCUCAUUAUCACAGUGAUCUCCCCUUAUGGAGGCAGACCACUAUUAAAUUUCACCAUCUGGGUACCCACAAAUUGUUGUUCGUUUAUUUAUAGCAACUCUCUCUCUCUCUCUCUCUCUCUCUCUCAUGGCUAUUUUUGUUAAUUUUUUGGUCUAGAUUGAAAGAAGUGGGUUUGAAUAAGCAUUUUCUGCCAGGUUUUGGUAAAUAUUCUUGAUUUAGAGGUGGAAGGAUAACUGAGUUAUGUACAGUGGAUAGUUACAUAUUUUUUUGUAUGUUACUUAGUUUGUGUAUCUCAAAAUUUCAUUGGUGGCCCUUAUACAUAAUCUUGAGCAAAGACAUGACCAAUUUAUUGCUCUGUCUAUAUUGAAAAGCAUUCAGCCCAACAAAAAUUUGAGGAAAAUUUUCAGCCAGACAGAGACCAGAAUUAACAUUGAAGACAAAUUGAAAUUAACGGUGGUCUGCCUCCUUAUAACCAAUUGCAGUGAUCUCCCCUUAUAAGCGCUGUUGUUUAGGGGUUUUGAUUCAUCUUCUGGCAUUUUUUUUGUUUUGUUUUUUUUUGUGAAAAGGCAGAACUCCUAUUCUGAUCUAUAAUAACUAAGCAAUGCAUUGCAUUUUGUUUAUGUUAGAUAGCUUUGUUAAUGCUUACAUUAUUAUUUUUUAAUAGUAUGGAUAGUUUAUAUAUAAAUAAAUAUAUUAAAUAUAUUUUACCCUUGUAAUAUAUUUAUUCUUCACACUGUAUAUAUUUUUUUUAUAUAUAAUUUGUUAUACCGGUAUUUUUUCUAAAUGUUUAAUAUUGUUAAAUGGAAUAAACUAGCUGAUCAUCACUUACACCUUUUUUUGAACAGUAUCUAAUUGUUCCACAUCUUUAUAUAUGCUAAAAUAUACUCAGUUUGAUUAUUUAACGUUUAAAUAAGAACAUAAAAUCCAAACACCAACAGCAUGAAUUUAAUGAGAUUAAAAAGGGGACCAUCAGUGGUUUACCCUACACUGCAGGCAUGUUUACAUCAUUUAUAUUUAUUUGCAUUUCUGAAAUGGCCAGUAAUACUUGUUAACAUUUACAUUCUAUUUUGUCUACUUUUGUACAUUUACUUAAUAUAUUUUACUUGCUUAUCUACAACAGGGGCUGGGUUGUCAGUGGCAUGCAGGGACUGGGGUCAAAGAAUCUUAGGCGUUCAUUUCAUGGAGGCAUCCACAAGUAGUUUUAUCCUUUUCUUCCCUUACAGGAAAUGGCCAGGAAAGCAUAAUGACCAUUCUGGGACAGAGUACUGUAUCCAGCAAAUCAGUUGACACCGCCUCAUUUUAGAAACCUAUCCCGGUCAUUGAAUGAAUUAUAUAUUGCAUGUUAAUUUUUCAAUUUAAACUGUAAUAAAAUAUAUAUUUUUCUAAAAUCA